AUGACGCUGAUCGAGAUUCCCUUUGCUAACCUCACCCUGUCGGACACCAGCAAACGCAUGUAUGACAAGAGGUUCCGGGAAUGGAAUGUGUUUAAAAAUGUCAACAGUGAUGAAAAGGAUAGGCAUCCGAAGCAGAGAUCCGAGUCUCCUGCCGAAACCAUCGAAACGUGCUCGUCACCGGCUUUCUCUUCCUCGACACCUGGCGGUCAAUCAUGCGCUACACCUGCAUCGAGCUGUGCUUGGUCUGAGGAUCAGAACCGAGAUAAGGACAAGCAAUUAGUCCACACCAGGUUGCCCAACCCACAAAAUCUUUCCAACUUCAAGGCACAAAUCCGCGCCCUUGCCGAGUCACCGCCGCCAUUCAUCGCCCCGGACUCCAGGACGCGGACACUGGACAUCAUCACUCUCAGCCUCCGUGACUACUAUGACUGGCAGAUACGCAACGUACCAGACGGCAUAUCACCCGAUGACUUCCUCGGACAGGGGACAACCGAUGCAUCACAGCAGUACUGGUCUUCUAUCAAGAACGCAAUCUACCUCAUCAAGCUCUCGGCCAGUUCAGCGCAGUCAGAUGCCACUCAACGACCGGAUCUCCGUGCAUGGCCGGCCCUGUCCGAAGCUGGUCGGGACGCCGCAGCCGCCAUGACCAGCCAACCUUUUGACUUCCUCCGCAACCUCUUCGCCACGCUUUCGCCAGCCAACGUCCGCGCCCGUCCUGAACUUCGGACCAUCCUCCUGCAGUUCCUCGCCAGCGAAGCCAAUAACAACUUCUCACCCACACACCCCAUCGCCCGCAUCUGCACCGAGCUCAACAACGACGAAGACUGCCAGGAAAUCUCGCGCCGCGCUUUGCAGUGCAUGGUGGACUUGUUCAGCCGCCUCGGCCAACGACGUUUUGUCUCCUUCAAACUCCUUGACUCCCUGGCCACUCUCCUCCGUCGCAACGGCGAGUUCGAUGCGGCAAUGGUCAUUGUCACGGAGCUCUUCAAAGCCUGCCGGCAAGAAUUCGGACCAUACGCGGAACAGACGCGUGCAGUUCAGAAUGAGUUGGCGCACUUCUACAUGGUUGUGGACGACGGUGAUCAAGCUUUGCAGCACUGUAUGGCUGUCAUUCGCCGCCCGCCACCCGAGGGGCUAGCCAAUGACCCGAAGAUUGCUUUUCACCAAGACGGCAUUGCAGCGCACACGAUGGAAGACGUCGCGGAGAUUCAUGAGAAACGGGGGGAUCUGGAUCAGGCAAUUGUUUGGCUUGAGAGGGCAGCGGAUGUCGCAUUGAGGGUUUGGGGGCCGCAGGCGGUAGCGACGGGGCAUAUCAUCGACAAGCUCACGACGCUUAAGAAGGAGUAUGCGAGUAAUAUGUUGAAAAGUGCGAGGGACUGGGAGGCUAUUAUCGAGCGAUAGUAUCUAGGUAGCUUUGGGGUUGAUUGAUUGAACAAUCGUUGUUA